UCUACAUUGUUUAUGUGACUCGCACGUCUCGAAUACAAGGACGUCAGGAAAAUUUUGGUUAUUAUUUCAUCAUAUUCAAGAAACCUUUUCAUUUUCUUCAAAAAUGUCGGACUGGGAUACUGUUACCAUUCUUCGCAAGAAACCACCAAAGGCUUCUGCUCUUAAGACUGAACAAGCCGUUAAUGCUGCACGUCGUCAAGGUUUGCCAGUGGACACUCAACAAAAAUAUGGUGCUGGAACUAAUAAACAACACGUAACUACUAAAAAUACUGCAAAACUUGAUAGAGAAACUGAAGAAUUACGACAUGAAAAAGUGCCUCUUGAUCUAGGAAAACUAAUAAUGCAAGGCAGACAGUCUAAGGGUAUGAGUCAAAAAGAUUUGGCCACAAAAAUAUGUGAAAAACCUCAAAUCGUGAAUGACUACGAAGCAGGUCGUGGUAUUCCGAAUAACAUAGUACUCGGUAAAAUAGAAAGAGCGAUUGGAUUAAAACUUCGUGGAAAAGAACGUGGCCAACCGCUACAGCCUCCUGGAGGAAAGAAUUAAUAACGGAUUCCCUGGGAGGCGAAGACUGAACUCCGAUUUGUUUAUUGCAUAAUAUUUCUCUCAUUUUUGCUGUUGAAUGUGUAAUUUGUUUAAUUCGAAUACUGUACUUUCAUCAUGCUUUAUAAUAUUAUGGUGUCAGGUGUACAUAUGCAUUUGCAAUUAUUUUAGAUCUGGAACAUUCUUUUGUCUAAUGUUACCAUCGUGAAAAAGUUGUUAUUCAGUGAUUGGGAAAUGUGGAUGUGAUAAGCAAUAAAAAUAGUUUUAUUUAA